AUGGUUAAUAACUCUGGAACUAUCAAUGAUAAUAAAUUGACUGAAAGUAAAAGAGAUCAAAAAGACGAGAUCGAUAAUUUUUUUCAGAUUUCUGAAGGAAAAUCAACUAAUAUGUUUAAGAAACGGCAGAAACAAGACAUUUCAUACGAAACCGAUGAGGAAGCUGAUGAAUCUGACUCUGAGGAUUCAGAAUCGGAGUAUUUACCAAGUGAUACAGAUGUUACAAAGCAUGCACCGUUGUUACUCCCAUCAAAACUUGAGUGUUUUGUUGAUUCUUACAACGCUAUGAGCCAAUCAAAGAAAUGGAUAUUGUCUUCGGGCAUAUGCGUUGAAGAUGUUCUCUUCAACAAAGGAAAACAAUUGUCAGUUGAAUCUUCAAUCCACUCGUGGAUAAUUGACUUAAGUGAUUGGGAAAUCAAACAGUUGUUCACUGAUGAUGAUUGGUGUGAAAUUACGGAGGAGGUCCGUGGACUACCUUUGGUAGACGAGCGUGUUGCUAAAACGUUGUCAAGAUUUAGAAAUAUCCGAACAACUGCUGAUUUAAGAAAAGUGUUGGAAACGACAUCCUGUCGAAACAAGAACGAACUGUUUGACCGGGAAAUUCAUUUUGACGUCGAAUGGAUUGAUCUUUCUAAUGUAUUACGAAGACCAGAUGAAAGUCUCAAAUUGGUUCACCUAGAAGGCUGGUAUGAUGCGAACGUUUGGUCUUUGAUCAUCGAUUGUGCUUUUAGCAAUAUUCGAGGGUUACAAACCGUUAGUCCUCAAACAUCAAAUUCUUCCAAAAAGCCAGAUAUAAUCAUCAUUGAGGAGGAAGUACCUAAAAAUGCUGCAGCACAAAAAAAAGCUCUUACAAUAAAAAAAGAAAUGUCCACAAAAUUACUUGAUUUACAGGCAACCUAUGAAAUAGCUAGAGAUCCAGAAUUAAAACAUGAUAUUUUGCAGCGAAUUGCAACAACAACAAAA